AUUCAAACUGAAACCACCUCACAUGUACUCGGUACUACUUACUAUUCUUGUCCUCGGCAAGUCAUUGUCUCUACCAAACUGUUUUCUCUUUCAAUAACGCAUGACGAGUCAACACUGAUCCAACAAACCCUCAUUCUCCAAAAAAUGGCAUUCGAUUACACAAAACCAGACACUAAAUCACUCGUCACAGCCAUCUAUAUCUUCUCUGCGAUCUUGUGUGCCCUAGGUAGUUCUCAAACUCUCCGUCUCGAUUCAUCAUCCAAGAUCGAUGAAUCUCUUGUGUAUCUGUGGCCUUUGCCCUCUCAAUUCACUUUCGGCAACGAGACGCUCGUGGUUGAUCCCGAUCUCUCGUUCUCGUUCGAGGUCGGUGGCAAUGGCGGUGUUUCCGCCAUUGUUAAGGACGCGUUCGAGAGAUACAGAGGGAUCAUAUUCAAGCAUAGCUCUAGGUUUCUGAGAUUUAGGUCAAUUAGGAAGUCCGCGUAUGAUAUCAGCAAGCUUAGGAUUAUCGUGCGUUCUGAUGACGAAGCGCUUCAACUAGGUACUGAUGAGAGCUAUUCUUUAUUAGUGGCGAGGAAGAAUGACCAUUCGAUUAUUGCCGAAGCCACGAUUGAGGCAAAUUCUGUUUAUGGUGCAUUACGUGGGUUAGAGACAUUCAGCCAAUUAUGCAGUUUUGAUUAUGGAACUAAAACUGUACAAGUGUACAAGGCACCAUGGUACAUUCAAGACAAACCAAGAUUUUCAUAUCGUGGACUUUUGCUCGAUACUUCAAGGCACUACUUACCAGUUGACGUAAUUAAGCAAGUAAUUGAAUCUAUGUCAUAUGCCAAGCUUAAUGUCCUUCAUUGGCACAUCAUAGAUGAGCAGUCAUUUCCUCUAGAAGUGCCUACAUAUCCAAACUUAUGGAAAGGGGCAUAUACAAAGUCAGAGCGCUACACCGUUGAGGAUGCUUAUGAAAUUGUUAACUUCGCCAAAAUGAGAGGUAUCAAUAUUAUGGCGGAAAUAGACAUCCCUGGUCAUGCAGAAUCAUGGGGUGCUGGAUAUCCUGAUCUAUGGCCUUCACCUUCCUGUAGAGAGCCCCUGGAUGUCACAAAAAACUUUACUUUUGAUGUGGUGUCUGGCAUUCUAACAGACAUGAGGAAAAUUUUUCCAUUUGAGCUCUUCCACCUGGGUGGUGAUGAGGUCAAUACAGAUUGUUGGAACUUUACUCCACAUGUGAAGCAAUGGCUUCAAGAUCACAACAUGACUACUAAAGAUGCUUAUCAAUACUUUGUACUCAGAGCUCAAGAAAUAGCAAUAUCAAAAAGUUGGAUCCCUGUCAAUUGGGAAGAAACUUUCAACACAUUUGCUGAGAAACUCAACCCGCUAACUGUGGUGCAUAACUGGUUGGGUCCUGGUGUUUGUCCAAAGGCUGUUGCAAAAGGUUUCAAAUGUAUUUUCAGCAAUCAAGGUGUUUGGUACCUUGACCACAUAGAUGUUCCUUGGGAUCGUGUUUAUAAUGCUGAGCCACUGGAAGGAAUAACUGACGCUUCGAAGCAGAAAUUGGUUCUUGGGGGAGAAGUUUGCAUGUGGGCUGAGGUAGUUGAUGCAUCGAAUGUUCAACAAACUAUAUGGCCUCGAGCUGCAGCAGCUGCAGAGCGCUUGUGGAGCAAUAGAGAUGCCACAUCUACACGAAAUACUACAGUAACUGCAUUACCCAGGUUGCAAUACUUCAGAUGCCUCUUGACUAGGCGCGGGGUCCAAGCUGCUCCUGUCACAAAUAAGAAUGCUCGAAGUCCUCCAAGUGGUCCUGGGUCUUGCUAUGAGCAAUGAUGAUUCUUCUAGUUUCAUCAUACAUCUGAAGCCGCAUUCAAUACUUUGUGAAUAACAAAAUAUGAAUAGCUUACCAGCAGAUCAAAUUUUCCGUUAUUUCAGUCCAAUGGGGUUCAAGCUUCUCCUGUUUAGUAAGCUCGAAGCCCUCCAAGCAUUCCCGGUUUUGCGAUCUGAAACUCCGUGUGUAAUAAAAUAUUCAAGUUUCCAGUAGAUCAAACUGGUGGUUGUUGUUGUUGUUAAUUAAAUUUUGUUUUUUUGUUUUUGUUUUUGUUUUUGGUGAGUGUCAUUCUUGUUGAUGCUGCUAUUAAGACGAACAAAUGUAUUUAAUUAUCUUUCUUGGGAUUAUUCAAGACAUUCAAUUGUUAGUUUCUUCA